UGAAGCCGAUUAUACACAAGGAAUCUUUCAAUCUAUUGGUUUUAAGGAGUUUCACAAAUACUUAAUUUUAUCUCCAGAAGAAAGAGAGACUGCAGAAGGAAAAAAACUUCUAUUGGAAGGGCUGGAAGCAAUGAAAGCAAGAACUUGUCGAUAUUCCAAAAAACAAAUGAGAUGGAUUCAAAACCGAUUUUUACAAAGCCCUGGUCGACAGGUUCCACCUCUGUACAGUUUAGAUUCAACAGAUCCUCCCAGAUGGCAAGAACUAGUUUAUGACCCUGCAGUCAACAUUCUGGAAGCUGUUAUUCAG